CCCGUGCCCCCCCUGACCCCUCUUUGCCCCCAGGGCAAUCUGGGGGUGUCGGUGACCUACGGGGGGCCCCCCCUCCCCAAAAGCCCCUUCAGCGUCGGCGUCAGCCCCGGCGUGGACCUGGCCAAGAUCAAAAUCUCCGGCCUGGACGACAGUAAGGGGGGCCGGGGGAUUUUGGGGGGCCCCUUCCCCGUCGAGGUGGUGCCGGCCACCGACCCCUCCAAGGUCCGCGCUUUUGGCCCCGGUCUCCAGGGGGGCCUGGCGGGGGUUCCAGCCCCGUUCACCAUCGACACCAAAGGCGCCGGCACGGGCGGUUUGGGGCUGACCGUGGAGGGGCCCUGCGAGGCCAAAAUCGAGUGCCAGGACAACGGCGACGGCACCUGCUCCGUGUCCUACCUGCCCACGGAACCCGGCGACUACAACAUCAACAUCCUCUUCGCCGGCACCCACAUCCCGGGCUCGCCCUUCCGCGCGCCGAUCCGGCCGAAAUUUGACCCUUCCAAGGUCACCUGCGAAGGGCCGGGGUUGGAGAAGGCCACGGCCGGGCAGCCGGGGCGCUUCCGGGUGGACUGCAGCCGGGCGGGAACGGCCGAGCUGACCAUCGGCAUCGCCUCGGAAGCCGGGGCGCGGGCGGACGUGAGGGUGGAGGAGAACGGCGACGGCAUUUACACCAUCGCCUACACGCCGCGCAGCGCCGGCGUGCACACCGUCACCGUGGAGUACGGCGGCCAGCCCGUGCCGCACUUCCCCAGCACCGUGCGCGUGGAGCCGGCGCCGGCGGCUGUGGACACGAGCGGCAUCAAGGUGUACGGGCCCGGCGUGGAGGGCAAGGGUGAGUUUGGGGACCGGGGUGACGGCACCUACCACGUGGAGUACACGCCCUACGAGGAGGGCCUGCACAAGGUGGACGUGAGCUACGGGGGGUCCCCGGUGCCGCUGAGCCCGUUCCGCGUCCCCGUCACCGAGGGCUGCGACCCCGGGCGGGUGCGGGUGCACGGCCCCGGCAUCCAGAGCGGCACCACCAACCAACCCAACAAAUUCACCGUGGAGACCCGCCCGUCAGGCGUGCUGGAGCCCGUGGACGUGGCGGACAACGGCGACGGCACGCGGCGCGUGUCCUACGUCCCGUCCCGCGAGGGACCCUACACCAUCUCCGUGCGCUACGGCGACCACGAGGUGCCCCGCAGCCCCUUCAAGGUGAAGGCGCUGCCCACGCACGACGCCAGCAAGGUGCGGGCGAGCGGCCCCGGGCUCAACACCACGGGCGUGCCGGCCAGCCUGCCCGUGGAGUUCACCAUCGACGCCAAGGACGCCGGCGAGGGGCUGCUGGCCGUGCAGAUCACGGAUCCCGAGGGGAAGCCCAAGAAAGCCUCGAUCCGGGACAAUCAGGACGGCACCUACACCGUGUCCUACGUGCCGGACAUGACGGGGCGCUACACCAUCCUGAUCAAAUACGGCGGGGACGAGAUCCCCUACUCGCCCUACCGCAUCCGCGCCGUGCCCACCGGCGACGCCAGCAAGUGCACGGUCACCGUUUCCAUCGGAGGUCACGGCUUAGGACCGGGCCUGGGCCCCACGAUCCAGCUGGGCGAGCAGACGCUGAUCACGGUGGACGCCAAGGCGGCCGGCAAGGGCAAGGUGACCUGCUCGGUGUGCACGCCCGACGGCUCCGAGGUGGACGUGGACGUGGUGGAGAACCCCGACGGCACCUUCGACAUCUUCUACACCGCGCCCCAGCCCGGCAAAUACGUCAUCUGCGUCAGGUUCGGCGGGGAGCACAUCCCCAACAGCCCCUUCCAGGUCAUGGCCACGGACCGGCCGCUGCUGGGGGUCAACGGGCUGGACAUGGCCGGGCUGCGGCCCUUCGACCUCGUCAUCCCCUUCACCAUCAAGAAGGGCGAGAUCACGGGUGAGGUGCGGAUGCCCUCGGGCAAGGUGGCCACUCCGGACAUCACGGACAACAAGGACGGCACGGUGACCGUGCGCUUCGCGCCCAGCGAGGCGGGGCUGCACGAGAUGGACAUCCGCUGCGACAGCAUCCACAUCCCUGGCAGCCCCCUGCAGUUCUACGUGGACUACGUGAACAGCGGCCACGUCACGGCCUACGGCCCCGGCCUGACCCACGGCACCGUCAACCGCCCGGCCGCCUUCACCGUCAACACCAAGGACGCCGGCGAGGGGGGGCUGUCCCUGGCCGUCGAGGGUCCCUCCAAGGCCGAGAUCAGCUGCCAGGACAACGGCGACGGCACCUGCUCCGUGUCCUACCUGCCCGUGCUGCCCGGCGACUACGGCAUCGUGGUCAAGUACAACGACAAGCACAUCGCAGGCAGCCCCUUCACAGCCAGGAUCACAGGUGACGAUUCCCUGCGCCAGUCCCACCUCAAGGUGGGCGCCUCGGCCGAGAUCCCGCUGGACAUCGGCGAGAGCGACCUGAGCCAGCUGAGCGCCACCGUCACCGCGCCCUCGGGCCGGCGCGAGCCCUGCUCGCUGAAACGGCUGCGGGACGGCCACCUGGGGAUCUCGUUUGUCCCCCAGGAGGUGGGGGAGCACCUGGUGCAUGUCACCUGUGGGGAACAGCCGCUGCCCUGUGUCCCUGUCCCUGUGUCCCUGUGUGGAUCUCGUUUGUCCCCCAGGAGGCUGGGACUGGGCACCACGUUCCAGCCCGCCCAGUUCACCAUCGACACCCGCCAGGCCGGAUACGGGGGGCUGAGCCUGUCCAUCGAGGGCCCCAGCAAGGUGGACAUCACCACGGAGGAGCUGGAGGACGGCACCUGCCGCGUGUCCUACUGCCCCACCGAGCCCGGCAACUACAUCAUCUCCGUCAAGUUCGGGGACCAGCACGUGCCUGAACUCUCCAUCUCGGAUGUCACGGCGCAGGUGACCAGUCCCACACUGACUAUUUUUCCCAUUCUUUCCCGUUUUUCCCCCAUUUUCUCCCCAGAGCUCUCCAUCUCGGACGUCACCGCACAGGUGACGGAACUCUCCAUCUCGGACGUCACUGUGCAGGUGACGGAACUCUCCAUCUCGGACGUCACGGCACAGGUGACGGGUCCCUCGGGGCAGGCGCUUUCCAUCUCGGACGUCACCGCGCAGGUGACGGGUCCCUCGGGGCAGGCGAACUGUCCAUCUCAGAUGUCACGGCGCAGAACUCUCCAUCUCGGACGUCACCGCACAGCCGAGUUCAGCAUCUGGACGCGCGAGGCCGGCGCCGGGGGUCUCUCCAUCGCCGUCGAGGGUCCCAGCAAGGCCGAGAUCGCCUUCGAGGACCACAAGGACGGUUCCUGCGGCGUCUCCUACGUGGUGCAGGAGCCCGGUGACUACGAGGUGUCGGUGAAGUUCAACGACGAGCACAUCCCCGAGAGCCCCUUCGUGGUGACGGCGGCGGCUCCCAGCGACGCCGCGCGGCGCCUCACUGUUUCUAGCCUUCAGGAGUCGGGGCUGAAGGUUCACCAGCCCGCCUCGUUCGCCGUCAGCCUCAACGGGGCUCGGGGGGCCCUGGACGCCAAAGUGCACAGCCCCUCGGGGGCCCUGGAGGAGUGCCACAUCUCCGAGGUCACCCCAGACAAAUACGCCGUGCGCUUCAUCCCGCGGGAGAACGGCGUCUACUCCAUCGACGUGAAGUUCGAGGGCUCCCACAUCCCCGGGAGCCCCUUCAAGGUCCGGGUGGGGGAGCCAGGCCAGGCCGGGGAUCCGGGCCUGGUCUCGGCCUACGGGCCCGGCCUGGAGGGCGGCACCACCGGUUCCCCGGCCGAGUUCGUGGUGAACACAUCCAAGGCGGGCCCGGGCGCUCUGGCCGUGACCAUCGAGGGCCCCUCCAAGGUGACCAUGGAGUGCCACGAGUGCCCCGAGGGCUUCCGGGUCAGCUACACCCCCAUGGCCCCCGGCAGUUACCUCAUCGCCAUCAAAUUCGGGGGGCCCCACCACAUCGUGGGGAGCCCCUUCAAGGCCAAGAUCACCGCACCGCCAGCGGCCUCACCGCGCAUGCGCCGCCUUCACCCCCAGCCGCGCGCUCUGAUUGGCCGAGCCGCUCCUCUCUAUGAUCGCCGCGCCCGCCGGAGCGGCUCCACCCGUCUCUAUGGCGGCCCCGCGCUCCCGCCGCCUCUCCGCGCCCUCCCCGCUCCGCUCCCGCCUGCUCCGCUCCCGCUCAGCCCCGCCAGCGCCGCCGCCAUCGCCCUCGCGGCCGCCAUUUUGAUGAGUCCUCCGAGACGGGCGGAGCGCCGCCGGAAGUGGCGGCGGACCGGAAGUGGCGGCGGGCCGGAAGUGGCGGCGGGCCGGAAGUGGCGGGCGGUAUAA